AAAUGCCAGAUAGGUCCACGUGGUGCUACUUCUUCAUUUCGCCGCCAGGAGCAACGCGUAGAUGGAAAUGGUCCAUUCCCGUGCCUUCGUGUUUUUUACCAGCACGAGGCAGAGGCCUGUAGCACGAGACGGAAGGAAUAAACCGCUGACGUUGGAACAUCUUGGGCUUGCGUGGAUUCCUAAUCAAGAGCUCCGGCAUUAGGAUGCUGUCUGCAUCGGAAACUAGGCUUUUCAGAAGCAAGCUCCUCCACCUGCUUGACAAUUGGAUGCUCGCUAACCGCGGCAUUGUUUUUCUCUUGAUUUUCGUCGGCAUCGCCUGUGUUUCGUUCCUAACCGUGGUGAUAUACACGUCACCUAUACGAAUCUUGGGAGGUUUCCGACGAGAACGUUCGAGUGGCAUGCAGCGGUCGUACUUUGCCUCCCUCACAGCUUCCAUGAACAAAAGUCAAGACCCCUGCAAAGACUUCUAUAACUACGUCUGCGGAAAUUUCGAAAAGACACACGAGGGCGUCUUGAGCACUCUGGCUCUCGCUGAAAAAUACGUCAUCCGUGAGGCGAGAAAGGCGCUUCAGACUGCCCCGUUUCCUCCAAAGCAGGUGACGGCUGAAGAAAAGAUUGAAGCCGGACUCAAAUUGUGCUACAAUGUGAAUUCCCAUCGAAAAGAAGAAAUGCACGUGGUGACGGAGUUCUUGCAAGAGGCCGGACUGAACAUUCCCAUAACGAAGAAGGACCCCUCACUACCCAAUCCCCUGUACGUCUUCAUGUGGCUCUCCUUAAAGGCGGGGAUCCCGCUCCUCGUCAACUUUCAACCCUUUGUGGACCUUCGUAAUAGAAACAACGUCAUCUAUACCAUUGCAGAAGCAAGAACGAUCCCGGAUGAAUUUAACUACGAACUGAACCUAUUCAAGGCUGCAAAGCGCAUGGGCAACAGGCGCUUCGCCGAGGAAGUCGACUUUGUGAGCAGUACUGUCAGGCACUACUUGGGCCUAAGAGGGACACCAAAGCCGACAUACGCUCCGUUCAGCAGUAUCGAGGCGGUAACUCCGAACAUAAGCUUGGGAACCUGGCUGACAGCCAUCAACAGAAACCUGAGGAUCCACAUUGGUGGGCGUACCGAAGUCUACUUUUGCGACACAAUUGGUGCAAAGGUAGUUAACAAGGUCAUGAGCUCUCCAUAUGAUAUUGUGGCUGUUUUAAACUGGAUCGGUUUUAUAAUUCACUAUUACUUGGCAUCUGCGUCAUCGAGAACCUUACAAGAUAUGUUUGAAAGAACUCCGAACAAGUGCAUGAGGUACAUGACUCGACUUGCACCGUACGCUGUGGCAGCACGUAUUUCUCGACGUGCGGUCUCUAAAGACAGCGAAGAAAUCAUUCGUCAUCUCUACCGCCAGAUGUUGAAAGUGGUGCCCAACUUUUUUAAAUGGCUGGACCCAACGUCAAGAGCUGCUGCCAUUGAGAGAUUCCAGCACAUACGGGUUAUUUUCGGGGUUCCGGAUCAAUUGCGUUCCCCUCUGGCCCUGGACAGGUACUACGAUUUCCUGCCCAAAUUUGAAGCACCCUUCGUCAGAAGCAUGAUCAACGCGUUUAGAGCCAAAGCAUUAAAGGCCUCCAGGAUGCGAGAUGUCGUCAAUGGGCCACCCAGAAUGCUUGCUGCAGACUGGGAACAUGCAGAACCCAAAGCGAACUUUGAAUAUUGGAAAACGAUGAUGACUGUACACAUGCCAUCGAUCAUGUUCAACAUCCCCGUAGCAGAACCGAGUUCACUGGCAGCAAUGUAUGGCGCUCUCGGGACCAUCACUGGGCACGAAUUGUCGCACGCCCAUGGCACUGAGGUCGUCCGCAGGACUUACACGGGAUCAUCCGAAGGCUGGUGGACUCCCGAUGGGGAGAACGCGUACAACGAAAGGCUGAAAUGUAUUAUUAGGAAGUACAAUGUUCGUGGAAUGGUUGGCAGAAAAAAUUACACAAUGGACACGCUAGACGAAAAUCUGUCGGAUAUCGGAGGAUUGCAGUUGGUUUUGGCGGCAGCAAAAGCAGACGGUUGCCACGCUUUGGAUGGCGAGUCCCCGGUACCAGGGCUGACGAACAAACAGUUAUUUUUUGUUUCAAGUUGCAACAAAUUCUGCGUGAGGAAAGAGGUCAUUGCUUACAACGUAUGGAAAUAUACACAUGCGCGCUACGAUCACCGGUGCAAUAUUAUGCCUCAGUCAACAAGGGAUUUCUAUGAAGCUUUCAACUGUCCUGUUGACGAACGUGCACUGUGUGAGUUUUACUAACGGGCAUCGUAACAAUUAAAAUAAAUGCAGCUACACGGUG